CCCCUGUUUUUGCCCAGAGCUGUUUUCCAAUCCCAUUUCAUGUCCCCAUACCUAACCAUAUCCACUGAUUCUACCAGGCGUUCCUGAGGAGAACACUGUCCUGAGAGUUUCAUACUCUGCUGAUCUUCUGCAUCUCGCAGGGAAAAAUCUGGACUGCUAUGAAAUUUAUCUUCUAUUUGGGUGUCCUUGCUGGGACACUUUUCUCUGCUCACUCGUCUGUGCAGAAAGAAGACCAUGCUCCCUAUCUGGUAUACCUCAAGUCUCACUUCAACCCCUGCGUGGGUGUCCUCAUCAAAAACAACUGGGUGCUAGCCCCAGCUCACUGCUACUUACCAAACCUGAAAGUGAUGCUGGGAAAUUUCAGGAUCAGAGUCAGAGAUGGCACAGAGCAGGCAAUUAACCCCAUCAAGAUUAUCCGCUACUGGAACUUUAGCCAUAGCAACCCCCAGGAUGACCUCAUGCUCAUUAAGCUGGAGAAACCUGCCAGACUCAAUAACAAAGUCCAGCCCCUUCCCCUCGCCACCAGCAACGUCCGGCCAGGCACCGUCUGUCUACUCUCAGGUUUGGACUGGAGCCAAGACAACAACGGCAGACACCCUGAUUUAAGGCAGAACCUGGAGGCCCCUGUGAUGUCUGAUAAAGAGUGUCAGAAAACCCAACAAGGAAAAAGCCACCGGAACUCCUUAUGUGUUAAAUUUGUGAAAGCCUUCAGCCGAAUUUUUGGGGAGGUGGCCGUCGCUACCGUGAUCUGCAAAAACAAGCUCCAGGGGAUCGAGGUUGGACACUUCAUGGGAGGAGAUGUCGGAAUCUACACCAAUGUUCACAAAUAUAUACCCUGGAUUGAAAGCAUCACUAAAGAAAAAUGACACCUUACUACUCCCUCUGCAUCCCACUGGCUUUGUCAUUGACUCUACAAGCCACUACUUUCUCCAAACUCAAAAUAAAAUUUCCAAGUGGAAAU